ACAAAAAAUGGAACACACCAGCAGUGUGAGGACCUGAAAGUGGCACAUGGCAGAGUGUGGCGAUGGAGACAGCAGCAAUGGGAGGCCGUACAGGGACCCAUGACACACUCUGGACCUGGCAGCAGCAUGAGGAGGCGGUAUAGGGGCCCAUGGCAGAUUAGGGGCCUGGCAGCAGCUAUGGGAGGCCCGUAAUCUGCCAGCACCCUAUGACAAAAAAUGGAACACACCAGCAGUGUGAGGAGACCUGAAAGUGGCACAUGGCAGAGUGUGGCGAUGGAGACAGCAGCAAUGGGAGGCCGUACAGGGACCCAUGAGACACUGUGGACCUGGCAGCAGCAUGA